AUGAGACCUCCACAUAAAAGAUUUAAACCACGUGUUGGUUUGAGAUCCACACAUGGACGUUCUUUAGCCAAUAUAAUGCCACUGGAUAUGACAAAAAAUCCAACAUGUGCCCUUUGCUUAGAAAGAAUCCAAGACAUAACUUAUUUGAAUCCUUGCAGUCACAGAUUCUGCUUUGAGUGUGUACAGAAGUGGUCCAGAAAAAAAGUCACAUGUCCUCUGUGUAAGCAGCAUUUCCAUUCUUUCUUCCAUAGGGUAACCCCAAAAGGGGCAUUGAAUAAGGAUAUUCUGCCUCUGAAUGACACUCCCUUUGUUUAUUCUGAAAGCAGGAAAGGUCUCUCAUCAGCUAAUUCUCAGAGACCUACAUCACCUCCUGACAAUGGCAUAGUGCACAAUCAAAUUAAUGGAGGACUAAGUCAAAUAGAGAAAGAUAUUUAUCAGCUCAUGAGACAGUUUGCAGUAUCAAAGAGAUCCACUAACACAGAUGUGAUAAGCCUUGGGAAAUUUAAAGCCCAAGCGGUGAUUCUGUUUAGGAGAGCUCUAUACCGUGCUGGGAUUCUGGUCAGAAAUGCUCAAAACCCAGAUUUCAACCAAAAAUAUUUCAGCAGAAAUUCAAGUUGCGUUGACAGAUUAAGCCCAUGGCUGAAGCGUGAAUUAAAGGUGUUGUGUGGCAACCAGAGGUCAUUAAUUCAUACCUUACAGAACUUCAUUCUCAACAGCAUGACCCAGCAUGAUGUACGGAGCAAAGAGUUUGAAGCUCUGUUACGACCUCACUUGCAUCAAUUCACAUCUCACUUCUUGCAUGAAUUCAUCAAUUUUGUGCGGUCUCCAUAUAAUAUGAAGAAAUAUGACUGGCAUGCCUCAUAUGAAUGCCCUACUCUAACAAGGGGGGAGUCAGAUUCUUUAAUCUCAUCAGCAUCUUCAGAUGAUGAGCAUUCCCAUACAUCUCAUAACAAACAGGCACCUAACACCAACAGUAAUGCAGACCAUAGAACCCAGGAAUGUCUGUGCUCUACUCCAGAGAGGAAUCUGCCAACCAUGAUUACUAAAGCAGACAGUACAAACAAAUCCAACAAUAAAGAAAUUGAUUUGGAGGACUUGUCCAACAGUGACACUGAAAAUGAGAUCCAUAGAACAGAUGACUUUAUUAAGAAUAAGCUGCUUAUGUUACAACCAGAUAAAAAAACACAACAAGUUGGGUCACUUCUUGACUCUCAGAUAUUUGGAUGUAUGGAAGAAAAUGAGGACACUGGACAAUGGCAUCCUGUUCAGACUCAGAACUCAAAGACUCCUGAUGCCUGUAAGAAUUCCUCAAGUAUAAUAGGAUGUGGCUAUUAUAAUGCCUUUAGUUUCAACCACAGCAAUACCUGUGAUAUCAAAACCAUGGAAAACUCCAUAAUAGAAGAAACAACACAAAGACAAUCACCUAAUUUCCCCACAAGACACCUGAGAAGCUCUUUAGAAAAGUCAGUGACAUUCUCUCCUAGCAGAAAGGGUGCCCGUCAAAAAGGCAGAUCCAGGGGUAUGGAAUGCACUUUUGAAGAAGACUAUAUUACUACAAGAGAAAGACCCAGAGGAAGAAGCAGAGCAAGGCAUCCCCAUGAAGAGAGGCACAGCAUGCACUUUUCAAGAGAGAGAAGAUGUAGGAAAGAGCAAAGAAACUCCAAGGCUAGUGAUGGGAGCUUAUCCCACAGGACCACCCCGCCUUUAAGGAGUGAAAGCAUUACAGCUGGAGACGUAAAUAAGUCAAAGUCUCAGAACCUUCAUCAUUUUAGGAAACCAAGAAGCAAAGACCAUGAAUAUUUUCCAAACAGAGUUUCCAGUGAACCAAACUGGAGUCAACUUUACUACAGACAAGAUUGUGAAAGAUAUAGAUAUGAAGUACCAGUGUGCAGUAAGGGCGAGCCAACUAGAUUUGACAGCCCAAGUCUGUUGACUAACUCUAGGGCGAGAUCAUAUUGCUUCCCAGAAAAUAACAUCUUGAUCAAGCAAGCAAACCUUUCUAAAAGCUGGCACCAUUGUUCAACUUCGGAAAGGCGCAGAAGUAUGGGAAGAUCCAGAGGCAGGUUUGCUGACCUAGGACAAGAUAGAAGGCCCUAUGACAAGAAAAGGAGACAUAAGUCACACCAGGUGGAGACAGAACAUUCAAGGGGAGGGAAACAAUAUUUCCAGGAUUAUAUGAACAGCUGAAGCUACUGUUGCCUAUCUCAGUGAAAAUGAAA